UGGCGACAAUAACGGUUCACCAUGUUGUCAAUGAGAGUGAUUGUGCUUUUGGUGUGUUUGAGCAGUGCUUACGGUCUUAAGAAGGCCAAAAAAGAGAAAUCCCCAAAUGUGGGGAUCAUCGGCGGCCAUAAGAUCACCAUAGAGGAUGUGCCGUACAUCGUCUCACUGCGUAUCAACGGCACUGAUCACUGGUGCGGGGGAUCUAUCAUACAUGAGCAAUUCGUUCUAACUGCCGCUCAUUGUAUUGUGCCGGAUAGAGAGUACAAAGUCCUAGUAGGCACCGACAAGGUCGACGAAGGUGGAAAACUGUAUGACGUAGAAAAAAUAAUAAUACACGAAUCGUACUCCAAUGUUACCAGUGACUAUGAUAUUUGCAUCCUGAAAUUGAACGAAAGUCUUACUUUUGGAAAGAAAGUAAAUAAAAUCUCUUAUACUGGCAACAUUGUUAAACUGAAGAAAGGAACACAUUUGAACGCUACUGGAUGGGGCUUUACUCAGCCAGAAGGCCAUAUAUCGGAGAACCUGCAACAGGUGACGGUACCCGUGGUGGCGUGGCUGAACUGCCAGUUCGCCUACAGCAAACAACGACGCAUUACUAAGAGGAUGCUCUGCGCUGGUGGCCUGCAUAAGGAUUCUUGUGUUGGUGACAGUGGAGGCCCCUUAACAUGGAACAACGUACAAGUUGGAGUCACCUCCUUCGGAGCUGGAUGUGGCAUCGUCCCAGGAGUGUACACCAAACUCACGAUCCUGUCCCAAUGGAUAGAUGACACCAUCAAACACCAUGAGAAGAAAGUAUCAAAAAAGACCAAAAAAAAUAUAAGCUCCAUCAAAGAAGAUGAGAUAAAACUGAAUAAACUAGCCAAAAUAAUCGGCAAGUCCAUGAAACCUAAGAAAAAUCAAAAACGUACAAAGAAAAUAACUAAACGUUCUGUUCAGUAAUUUCUUCAGUACGUACCUACUGAAUUUUUAAUUUUCAAUAAAUUUUCGGCAGAUCCUA